UCGUCACUUGAAUUGUGUAUUCACUUGUCUGAUGAUGCAAGCACACCAGUUGUGUUUGUUUGUGUGACACAUUGCAAUCAUCUGUCAGGGGCAAUACCUUAACACCACUCUCCCCCCCUUGACAGUAGGCCGGCUGUGAAAUCUGAGUCGGGGGAGCCAAAUUUAGCCCCCUACCAACACACACACACACACACACACACACACACACACACAUUCAGCAAGCAGCCCCAGCCAGGGACCGCAGAGGCACAUCGGACCCCGAACCCGAGAGGUGGUCCCGCUAGCUCCCUUACGGACCAAUAAGGACAGUGACGCUUCUUCCUUCUUGGGCUCAUUCUUGAGGCGAAACUGUAAAGAGAAAAGGCAAGAAAAGAAGGAACUCUGGACGAGAAGUUCACUUGAAGGAUGCAGGACGGGAGUUGGAACCAGCCACUCCCCCCGAUCUCUGUGCUGCUCAAGGACUCUGCGGAAGGUGUUGCCGCCGCCGCCGCCGCCCUAGAGGGGGAUGCCGCCCUCCUGACUGAGCCGGACACUGGCGACUGCGCCGACCUCACUGCCUUCCUGAGCGCCGAGGAGAUCGACCGCAGUCUGGACCUGGCCUGGGAGGCGUUCGAGGAAACGGCGGAGAAUCACCAUUUGGACCCCCAACAGACUCCUUUGAACAACAGUGAAGCUGUCCAGGAAAUCAAAACCUCCAGCACGGAUGACACCACUCCACCUCUUCAUCAGGCGGAUGGGUCCUCACCUGAGAAGGUGGGCCGCCUCAAGCCGGUCCCGCCGGUCUACAAGCAGGAUAAACCUCGACUCCUUCACGAAGGCUUGGAGCUAAACGACCGCGCGUCUUCAGCCUCGGAGUUCUGCAGCCGCGCUGCUACCUUCAUCGAGGAGCUGUCAUCCAUUUUUAAAGGUUCCUCUCACCUGGAGCACGGUGGGGAGGAGGAGUCGUCCUCCCCCGAUAGCGGAUAUCUAUCACCCGGGAACCAGCGGCCGGGCGCUCAGGGGGCCUCGGCCGUGCCCGCCACCGCCUGCCAAACGGAGCAGACGCAGCAAGCGGGACCUCCGGAGGGGGCGCCGGUCGCUCCCGAGCGCCAACCCGCUGGGGGUGCGCCGGCCGCAUCGGGACCCCUGUCACCGCCGUGCUUCGUGCAGAAGCUGAAGAGUCAGGAGGUGGCGGAGGGCAGCCCCAUUCGUCUGGAAUGCAGAGUCAGUGGAAACCCACUGCCACUCAUCAGGUGGUUCUGCGAGGGUCGCGAGCUGCACAACUCCCCCGACAUCAACAUCUGGCAAGAUGGUGAGCUUCACACGCUGGUGAUCGCCGAGGCCUUUGAGGACGACACGGGACGCUACACCUGCGUGGCCUCCAACAGCCUCGGGGCGGACAACACUUCGGCCGAGGUUUACAUUGAAGGCGCGUCGUCAUCAGACUCAGACGGAGAAGGCUCGCCGUCCAAGUCCAGAUCGGCAAGCAUGCCCGUACUGCAGAAGAAAACGACUUCCAUGUGCCUGACGAUACGCUCGGCGUCUCCCAAAACUCCGGAGGUGCUGCCUCAUCGCUCCACGCUGGUCCAGUCAAUGUCGCAGCCUCCGCAGAGGACGCAGAGCCCGGUGUCGUCGUUGUAUGGCGGCGAUGUCUCGGGUCCGCCUAUGUUCACAAAAUUGCUGCAGGAUACGCAGGCGUCCGAAGGCCAGGUGGUAGUUCUGGAGUGCAGGGUUCGUGGGGGCCCCCCUGUGCAGGUCAGGUGGUACCGCCAAGGCGAUCAGAUCUUGGACUCUCCGGAUUUUCGGAUUCUCCAGAAAAAGCCCCGAUCUGCGGCAGAAUCAGAUGAGAUCUGCACCCUGGUGAUUGCCGAGGCCUUUCCGGAAGACGGCGGCCUGUUCUGCUGCACCGCCUCCAACUCGUAUGGUUCAGUGAACAGCUCCGCCCAACUCACUGUAACAGCGGGUGCGUCCAAUGUCUUUGUGUUUGCCAUUGUUGAGGUGGGUGAAUGGGAGUUGACCACUAGGUCUGGGUGCAGAUGGAGAUAUUUUCCAGUUGUCGCAAUCUGCUUGCAUUGAGGGUGCACAUUAGCAUGAUUUGACAGGACUGUAGUUGAGCCAAAUCUUCCCUCAAACAGAUCUGAUCAGAAUCUGGGUCAAGAUUGAGAUUUGAAUUCGGAUUUGAAUCACGAGUAAAACUGAUAUCAGAAUAGCGAGCAAAAUCAGGAUCAAGACUGAGGUUAGAAUUAGCACCAGAAUCAGGGUUAAGACUGACAUCAGAAUCUGAACCAGAUUGACAGUAGUAUUAGGAACACAGUGAGGAUUUAAAUCUGUAUUAGACUCAGGAUCAGGUUUAAAACUAACCUUAGAAUCAGGACCAAACUCAGGAGCAAGUUUGAAAUCAAAAUUAGGAUCGCAAUGAGGAUUAAUACUGACAUCAGAAUGUGGAUCAGGAUCCAGAUUGCGAUUGGGAUCACGACCCGGAUCAAGACUGAAAUCAGAAUGAGGAUUGUAAACUGCAGAAUUUUAAGGGAAAUUUUCCAGCCCUUCGGAACCUUCAGUGUACCUGAUCCUGGGGUCAUUCUGUCCAAAAGUGAGUGCAUCGCACAGUUUAGAGGGAUGGUUGACUAAACAGGAAGUGAGGGGGAACCGCUUCAGAUGAG